AUGGAGCCACUGCGGCUUCAACCACAUUCGCGUUGACUGCGCUUUGACUGCGCUUGAUUAGAAGCCGACUCAACCUGACUGCAUUUCACGUCAUCAAAGUAGACAACAUGUCCGAGCCAACGGACGCGCAAGAGGGCUUGGACCAGGCGGCAUUCAACAAGAAGAUGCUCACGCACAUGCAGAGCUCGGGCGUGGUUGGGCAAGUGAAGUCUCAACUGCGCGCACAGCUGUUAACACAACUUCAAAAGGGUCAGAUUGUGCAGCUGGGUCCUCCGCCGGGCGACCGGCCGGGCCUGAAGCGCCACGCACUCAAUUCUAUGAUAGCGGACUACAUGCGCGCGGUUCAGUACAACUACUCCCUCUCAGUCUUCAAGGAGGAGUCAGGGGUGGAGUCACGGCCAUUGCUCACGGAGGACGAGCUGAUGGACGUGCUCAAAAUCGACCGGGAGACUUCCUUCUUCCAGUCAUACAUGAAAUCCAAAGCCCACGGCGGGUCCGACGCCUGUGUGCUGAUGAACCUUGUCAGCGCCAUUUCGGAGGCGGCGGCGGCGAAGGGCAAGGAGUCCUUCACGCAGACCAUCGGCGGGGACAGGUACCAGCUGGAGGUGCGCAUGAAGCAGCUGGAGGAUGAGUACCAGUCGCGGCUGCGCAACGCGCGCCUGUCGCCCAACGCCGGCAUCGAGGAGCGCCUGGCGCUGUACAGGCAGGAGAUUGAGGAGCAGGCCGCGGCGGAGGUGGCCCGGCAGGUGGAGCGCGUGCGUGAGAUGGAGGUGGCGGCCGCGCGGCUGGACGAGGCUAGCAAGGCGCGGCGGGCUCUGGAGGCGGAGCGUCUGGAGCUGGACCGCCUGCACGGCGAGCGCCUGGCCAAGCUGCGGCAGCGGGAGGAGGAGAUGAUGGACAAGCUGCGGCGGCAGCAGCGCGACGUGGAGAAUGUGGCGUACGAGUACCGCCAGCGCAUCCUGCGGGAGGAGGAGCGCCUGCGCAACCACAAGACCGAGAUCCAGCAGCAGCAGGACUCCCGCCAGGAGCAGCUCAAGCAGCUGGAGCGUUCACUGGAGCUGCGCGAGCGGGCCGUGGGCGCGCGCGAGGCGGCGGCGGAGAAGAAGAUUGCGGAGGCGACGGAGGCGGCGGCGCAGGCUGCGGUGGAGGCGCGGCAGGACGUGGAGCGCGAGUACAUGGAGCUGAAGAGCAGCCUGGCGCAGCAGCGCAUGCAGAUCGAGAUGGACCGCUCGCGCAUCCUGGAGCUGCGCUCUGAGGCCACGGCGGAGAUUGCAGGCGCCAGAGCCAAGGAGGAGCGGCUUCGUGCUCUUGAGACGGCGCGCGCGGAGGCGGAGGCCCGGGCCGCGGCCCACGCGGCCGACGCCGAGGUGUGCCGGCUGCAGGCGGAGAAGCUUGCUGCGGAGCUGGCGCAGAUGCGCGACGAGCUGAGCCGGCGCCUGGCGCAGGCGUCAGACGGCGCCGACGCCAUGCUGCAAAACGCCGCCGGGGCCAUGAACAUGCUCAACGCUGAGGCGGCUGCAUCGCGCACCGCGGGCCAGCAGAUUCGCGACGCGCUGGCGGCUCUGAAGCGCGCCGAGGAUGACGCCGCCGCCAGCGCCGCAGCCGUGAUCUCGCUGCAGCAGGAGCGGGCGGCGCUGCACGGCGCGCUGGCGGCUGCGGGCGUGGAGGGCGACGCGCUACGGACACAGCUGGGGCGCGUGGAGGCCCUGAUGGACGAGGCGGUGGCGGGCCGCGCCGAGGCUCUGUCACACCUGGAGGAAGCGCAGUUCCGGCACUUCCAGAUGGAGCGGGAGCUGACGGAGCUGCGGCAGGCGCUGGGCCGCGCCAAGGAGGAGGCGGCGGCACUCAAGAUGGCCAACACCAUCCGCCGCCCGCCCAGCAGGGGCGCGGACAGCCCCGGCCGGCGCAGCAUCACACUGAGCCCCACGCGGCGGCCGGCGCCGGGCGCCACUACCGCCUCCAUCUCGGCCCUCAGUCUGGGCCUAGCGCUGGGGGGUGGCCCCGCAGGAGCACUGGGCCAGAGCGCACACGGCGGCGUCGGCGCCAGCGGAUACCACUGGCACAACCACCAGAGCAGUGGCGGCGCAUCCGGACACCAACACCAGAGCGGCCCUGCAUCGCAACUGGAAUUCCCCAUUGCAGCUGCGCCUCCUCGCGACGCUACACUGGAGCGCAUGGAUCGGCUGCGGCGCCAGGAGGACAUGCUGGCAAGCCAGGAGGAUGCCUACCGCAAGCGCAUGGCAGGCAUGCAGGACUGGCCCGUGUACGAGCUCGGGAGCGGGCCGGGCUCACCUGACAUUCGGGACCGCAGUGCGGCCAUACUUGGGCACGCCAACGCAGCCGUAAGCGGCGGCAGCGGUGCAGGCAGCCCGACUGGUGCGGGCGGCGCGGGUGCGGGCUUUGGUUUCUACCAUGGGCAGCAGCAGCAGGGCGGAGUGCCGAUGCACCCGCCGCAGCCCCACGGGGACAUGUAUCAGGACCCGCAGGCGGCACAGCAAGGCAACGCGCCGCCGUACAUGACUUACGUCAUGCACAGCACGCCGUACGGCCAACAGCAGCAAGCGCAAGGCAUGACGCCGCGUGCCGCGGCGGCUGCGGAGGCGGCGGCUCGCGCCGAGUUCAUGGAGGCCCGGCACCAACAGGAACAGCAGAUGAUGUUCGAGUACGCCCAGCAGCAGCAUCAACACCAGCAGCAGCAGCAGCAACGAGAGUUGUACAUGCAGCACCAGCAACAAGCUAAUGCUGAGGCGGAGGCGCAGCAGCGGGACCAGGAGGAGCUUGCAUACCUGAGGCGGGAGCAGCAGGAGCAGCGGCAACAACAGCAGCAACAACAACAGCACGAAGCCCGGGACCAACAGCAGCAACAGGCUGGUCAAGGCAGGCAGGGGCAGCAGCGGCCGCCCCAGUACCUGACCUCGCAGCAUCAGCAUGAGGACGAGCAUGACCAGCAGGCCGAGUUCCCCAUCGCCUCGCACCGCGGAGGCGCGCAGCACGAUAGCGCUGCGGACGAUGAAACGCCGGACCCGCACGCCGCACAGCGGCACAACAGUGGCGGCGGCGGGUCCGUGCCACAUCCCACGCCGCAGGACGUGCCCACGCCGCAACAUGAUUCCACGCCCGGGCAGACGCAUGCGGCCGCGCCGGAUCGCGGCAGCGCACACGUGUCGUUCUCCGACCCGCCUGCCACCCAGGUACAGUACCCGGGCCUGCGCGACAUGCAGGCCUUUGGGUCUGUGCGCUCCAGCAUUGAGCCGUACUCGGCGGCUGAGCCCACGGCGCCCACGGCGGUGGUAACGUCGGCACCGGCCGUGGCGGCGCCGGCGGGGCUGGUGCUCACGUCAAACCUGGGAACGCCACCGGCGCAGGCGGUUGAAGACGAGGAGGAGCAGGAGGAUGAGCCGCCGCCGCCACCGCCCAAGCCCAUCAUUCCGGGCCUGGUGAUGGUGAGCGGCUUCACGCCUCGUGGUUCGGCCGCCGGGGCGGCGGCUCCGUCGCCGGCGCCGGCAGCGCCCCAGCUGCCGCCGCCGCCGGCUGUGGCGGACCUGCCGCCGCCGCCGCCCCAAGACGUGGAGAGCGUAAUGCAGGCCAAGAUGCGUAUGCUGCAGGAGCAGCGCGAGCGCGCCUUGGCGGCGCAGGUGCCGCCCAUUCGCCGCCUGCAGUCUCAGAAGUCCGUGUCCAGCCGCGCGAGCACCAGCGCCGGUGGCACCGGGCCCUACUUCGGCGCCGGCAGGAGCACCAGCGGCAGCCCCACGCCCAGCAGCCCCGGCGCGGAUGCCACCGCCAUGUCGUCGGGCGGCCCGCCCCCGCGCGAGGACAGCAACAGCGAGCUGAUUGCGCGGGAGGCUCAGGACACGGUGGCUGCAGAGUUGUCGACGAUCACCACGCGGCGGGCGCUGUUACGGCCCACCAGCUUGGAGGGCGGGCCCUCACGCACCAGCAGUGUCAACCGCCGGGAGCUGAAGUCCGGCGUGUCCUUCGUGCGGUCGGAGGCGAGCGGCUUCAGCACAGGCAUCGAGGCACCAGGCCCAGGGUCGGAGCACCUGCGCGGACAAAGCAUGCGCAGCAUGGGUCUCGGCAUGACGCUGGACGACAUUCCCUCUUCGCUGGGGGAUGCCGACUAUCAGUUGCCGGGGUUGGGUGACGACGACGAUGGCGUGGAGGCGCCUGAGGAGCUGGGCGGUUAUGGUAACUUCGCGGCGGAGUUCUCGGCAGGCAGCGUCUUUUGAGAGGGCUGAAGGGGGAGAAGAAUGAGGUGCUGGCGAGAAAUGCAAUGAUGAAGAAGCUGGGAGCUGAAAAGGCUCUGUCUGUGCUUGUGUCGUGUGUGCCGGUAACCAAGGCGUGAGCGGGCAUUCGAGGCACGAUUGGGCCUGAUUGGGGAUGGGGGCCGUCGACGACCCUAAAUGCGGGGUCGAUUCUCCAGAGCGCGAUUUCGCCAAGCCACUCUCCCGGCGCCAACGCUGCCGGCACACCUCGCAGUGCCAGUGCGGGUCGCACAUGGCCACCAGGAAGUGCCGCAGGAAGUCCAGCAGCCGCACGCGAAGCGGCGAGGCGACGUAUUCCACUAUAAAUCUAAUGGCUGCGAGCGUAUCGUCAUUAUCGCACACGCUGCGCAGCGACACCUUCCUAGUGCUAAUCCUAUUGGGGUGUGGGACUCAGCCCCACACCCCUGACGCAGGCAAAACUGGCUGGUUCAGUAGACUUGGUACCUAGUUUGCGCGGUGGUCUUUUGCCUGGUGUAGUCCAGUAUGACUUUCCUCUUAAUUCUGCGCCUCGGGCCCUUUACCUCGCAACGAGUCGCCACAGUCGCCAGUCAAUCGCCGUGGAAAUCGAAUUUUUUUUCGCAGCGAUGCGUAUGCAAACCGUUGCGGCCACCGUAAAAGAGAGUGGACCCCGAACCUGUCGCUGUAACACGCACAUACG